CCGUUUCGAGAGAGGACGAUCGGCUCUGAAGUCCAGGGCCUCCUUCCCGACGACAUGAAGGUCUUUGCAGGCCGUAUACGUAUCUUGAACCAAGCGUUGUGUGAUGCGUCCAUCAAAAGGCACCUCGAUUUCGGUAACAUUGCUAGCUAUGUCCACCUGUAUGGCGCAGUGCGGGAGGCAUUGAACUUCUGUAUGGCGAAGUCCGAUCUAGUGAAGCUCGCAGCAAGCAAGGGAGAAGCCGAUACGAAUAUCCUGAAGCGCAAGCGAAUCAACUGCAUGCAGCCUGUCCGCGCGUCACCACACCGCACAUCCUUGGCUGCACGUGCUAGCAACGAUCGGUUGUUACGAGUGCGUUCCCUUGGAUCCCGUUUAUUGCCCUGCGAGGCCGAGCCUCAUGGUAGGCCGUAAAUACAAUACUGUCUACUUAGAUGGUAAUGGUGGUCGGCGGGACAUGAUUGAGCUGGAUGCUCAUGCAAUCUAAGGGUGUGUGAUGGGAGAGGUGUCGAUGAGGGGUGGUGCAAGGGGACGUGUCAGAGUACAGACAGGGGCGAGAGUGAGACGUUCGAGUACGCAAGUGGUGUGUAAGGAGGGGGCAGGGCUCAGGAAAGGUGCGUUGCGGACGUCCACCCAGUCCCGGCCAUUUAAGGCAAGUGAACGGGCUAUAAACCUGCGGCCUCUGGGUACGAUUGCGUCCCUGGGUCUCGCCUCUUGCGCCGGUCAGGUCUACGUCUGGCAGUGUCCCCGCCA